AUGACGACUGAUUACGAAACAGCAGUCGAGUACCUGAAAAGCUUGUUCCCCAAAGUUGGAACAGAAGAGGCUUGCUGGGCAUUUAUAGAGUCAGCAGGAAAUAUCGAUCGCGCAGCUGAGCUGAUACUGGACGGACAGGGUCCCCGCUCUAUUAUGGACCUGCGACUCUUGAGGCUUGCACAUGGGUCAUUGUCGGGCCGCAAAACGACCGAGACAGUGCGUAAUAAGAGCUCCAAAACCGGUUUGGUCGAAGUAAACACCCAAAAAUGA